UAAUAAUAAGUAUUUCAUAUAAUGGAGGUUAUGUUAAUCAAAAUUUAUAAUUAAAUGUAUAAUUAAAACUUUAUAUCAAAUCUUAAAUAUAAGAUAUGGAUACAGGAAAUUCGAAUGAAAAUUUACAUCCAAUUUUAGAGACUCCUCCACGUGCUGAACGAAAAAGUACACGAGGAUCGCGACAAAAAGGAGUAGAUAGUGUAACAAAAAAAUUUCUACGUAACUUUGAUCCGGAACAUAGUGAAAGAGAAAAACGAAAACUUCAUCGACGAUUGUAUCAAGGUCACAAAAGACAUGCUAUGUAUGAUGAAAAUGGAGUUUAUACUCAAACAGGAGAUGAUCUUUGUGAUUGUUUAAAUUUAAAUUGUGCUGGAUGUCAUUUUCCUUGUCCUAAAUGCAAUUCUCUUAAGUGUGGUCAUGAAUGCAGGAAUAAUCGUAAGUGGACAUAUGAAUCCAUAGAAAAUGAAGGAAGCGAUGUCAUCAUAAAAAAUCCAUUACUGAAAGAAACUUGAAGUUCAAAAAUGAAAUCAGUUAAAUAAUUAUAUCGUUAGUGAUUAUAUUAUUUUUAUAAGAACUUUAUGGCUGUGCUAUGCAAGAACUUUACUAUCAAUUUUUCACCAAGCUGUAUACUUAUAUUUAUUUUCAAUUUUAUUAGCAUUAUACAUUACAAUUAUAAUAAUUAGAAUAUAAAAAAUGAUAUA